AUGUCAAGGGCAUUCGCUGUGCUGGCCGUUUCUGCCGGCUUAUUACUUGCGCCAGCCGCCAAUGCCGCCGGCACCGUCCAAUGGGACAUCCAGAAGCACCACCCCAAGGCGAGGUUCGGCAGACGCGCAGCAGAUACCCACGAGGGCGUCAUCACGAAUGAGCUUACCAGGGGUGGCUACUUCGCGACGUGCUCCAUGGGCACACCUGGUCAAAACCUGACCUUGCAGCUUGAUACCGGGAGCAGCGACAUCUGGGUACCAUGGAACCUAGCAACUGUGUGCGAGCAGGAGAAGUGCACCCUUGGCAACUUUAACCCCAAUGCCUCCUCGACCUACACCGACGCCGGGAAGGGCACCUUUGACAUAUCAUAUGUCGAUGGUAGCUUCUCCAAUGGCGACUACUUCAUGGACACUUUCGAGAUCGCAGGCGCCACGGUUUCGAAUGUCACAAUGGGUCUCGGCUUGAACACCACCAUCGCAUACGGGCUCGUCGGAGUGGGCUACACGUUAAAUGAAGCAAUAGUCGACACCGAAAACUCCCUCUCGGCCGCCUAUCCCAACCUGCCCGUAGUCAUGGUAAACGAGGGCCUCAUAGGGACCAACGCCUACAGUUUGUGGCUUAAUGACCUCGACGCAAACAAGGGCAACAUUCUGUUUGGUGGCAUUGAUACGGAAAAGUACAUGGGCAACUUGACGAGAAUCGACAUACUGGAGAAUAACAAGACCAACGUCUACGACUCUUUCCUGGUUCCGGUCACGUCUUUACUUGCUGUUAGCGCUAGCGGCACCGACGAACUGACAUCAAGCGAGUUCCCAAUCGAGGUUGUCCUGGACUCGGGCACAACCCUCAGCUACUUGCCCAGCGACAUAGCAGAGCAGAUAUGGACAGAAGUCGGCGCCGCAUACACCCCGGAAGUCGGGCUCGCCCUGCUGCCCUGCCGGAUGCAGAAGAGCGAGGGGCACUUUUCCUUCGGCUUUGCCGGUCCAGACGGUCCUAGGAUCAACGUGUCGAUGGACGAGCUUGUGCUCGACCUCGUCACCUCCGGACCUCCACCAACCUUCAUCUCCGGACCGUUCGAGGGCGAGGACGCGUGCGAAUUCGGAAUCCAGAAUUCAACCAAGAGCCCAUUCCUGCUGGGCGACACCUUCCUUCGGAGCGCAUACGUGGUCUACGACCUGGUGAACAACGAGAUCGGGAUGGCGCAGACGGAUUUCAAUGCCACCAGCUCGAACAUCGUUGCUUUUGAGGGCAACGGCUCUACUAUUCCGUUCGCCACCUUGGUUUCUAAUCAGAAUCUGUCCACCCCCACGACGGCCGCGUCCCCUUCUUUUGCGGCGGAAAGCGGCUUUGAGGCAGGAACGCAGGACAGUGGGUCCGCGGCCUCUCUGCCACUCGGCUUAGGACACUCGCUCUUCGUGGGCUUUGCCAUACUCACGUCCAUCUUCCUUUCUGUGUAG